CGGAGAUAAAGUCGUCGCGUCCUGUUGUUUCCGCAAUGGCUUCAAGAAAGGCGGCAGAGUCAACGCUCUACCACGUCCACCCCAAGGGAUUUUGGAAGAAGUUCCGCGACGCUGUGGUCGUGAACCCAGAAAUCUCCACUGGUAUACCUCUUGCUGGCGUUAACAGGUGGCCGCAGCCUGGCUCUCGUCCUGAGAAAUACUCCACCCCUGCUACCAAAGCUUCCGACCCGGCACAGAACCCGUACUGGAAGAGAGACGUCCGCCGUGCCUACCCGCAGCUCUCCGUUAUCACCCAGAAUGAGCUUUCCACCCUCCUGAUCCAGCAUCACCAGGCCAAGGCUGUCCCUGCUCCAUCAGAAGAAACCAAGAAGGAUGCAGAUGCUUCCGCGGAGGGCACUCCCGCGAAGGCAGCCGAAAUCCCUGACCUGCCCACCGCAAUAGCCACUGUCACCUCGGCGGCAACCGUGUACGACGUGUCGAGGCUUCCUCCCAAGGUUACCUCGCCCUUCAAACGCUGGCGACCCGAGAGGGCUCCCGAUGCCCCACAUGAUCCACACGCGUAUUUCCCCAUGCUACUGUACAAGUAGCUCAUCUGCCUGAAGUCCAUGGUUCGGGUUUAUGCACUUGUUGUUUAGAUUGACACUAGCUGCGUCUUGUCACAAUACAUCAACGGCCGUACUUCAAACAAAUCAAAUAGACGCUUUUCACUACAGUAAUCUUAGGCGCAUCAACUACCAUGGUCCAUGAGAACUUUGCGUCGGGAGGAAAGCGGCUUUGUGUCUUUACGCUAAUAAUGAUGUUAGAAUUGUGCCAUACCUACUGCGCAACGGUGCGUUCCCUCACGAUGGCUAUGUACUUACUACGAUCGUCGAAGGCUGUCAUUAAAAACCG